AUGGGUAGGUCCCCUUGUUGUGAUGAGAAAUCUGGCUUGAAGAAAGGGCCAUGGACGCCUGAGGAAGACAAGAAGCUAAUUGACUAUAUUGCCACUAAUGGCCAUGGAUGUUGGAGAUCUCUCCCCAAGCUUGCGGGGUUGAAUAGAUGUGGAAAGAGUUGCAGGUUAAGAUGGACAAAUUACCUUAGACCCGAUAUUAAGAGAGGGAAGUUCUCUGAAGAGGAAGAGAGAAUCAUCAUCAACCUUCAUUCGGUUCUCGGAAACAAGUGGUCAAAGAUUGCAACCCAUCUUCCAGGAAGAACAGACAAUGAGAUAAAGAACUUCUGGAACACUUAUCUUAGGAAGAAGCUUCUCCAAAUGGGUAUUGAUCCAAACACUCACAAACCAAGGACUGAUCUGAAUCAACUACUUAAUCUUUCUCAGUUUCUUAGUUCCCCACACUUCAUGAUGAACAACUUAAAUAGUAUUAAUACCACUAGUAAUAUUGCUCCUUGGGAAAAUGCCCUCAAGUUACAGGCAGAAGUAGCCGAUCAAAUGGUCAAAAUUCAGCUUUUCCAAAAUCUCUUCCAGCUUAUGAAUCUUAAUCUUUCUCAGUUUCUUAGUUCACCACACUUCAUGAUGAACAACUUAAAUAGUAUUAAUACCACGAGUAAUAUUGCUCCUUGGGAAAAUGCCCUCAAGUUACAGGCAGAAGUAGCUGAUCAAAUG